UGACGCGCCAGGUCAGCUGACUGAUGACGUUUCACCGGGCGUGACUAGAGAAAGGAAGCACAUUAGUGAAAAGGUAGCAGCUGAACCGGCGAGGAAGGGAAACUCAAGGAGUUAUAAGUCACAUUUAGCCGGCUGAGUGCAUAAAAACGAAAAAAGAAACCAUGCCUGCAGACAUCGAGAAGGGCAAGAAGGCGUUUGUCCAAAAGUGCGCCCAGUGUCAUACUGUGGAGCAAGGUGGGAAACACAAGGUCGGACCCAACCUCUGGGGUCUGUUUGGACGCAAAACAGGUCAGGCAGACGGCUUCUCCUAUACCGAUGCCAACAAAAGCAAGGGCAUUAUCUGGAAUGAGGACACCCUGAUGGUUUAUCUGGAGAACCCCAAGAAAUAUAUUCCGGGAACUAAGAUGAUCUUUGCCGGAAUUAAGAAGAAGAAUGAACGCACUGACCUUAUAGCGUAUCUCAAGUCUGCAACUUCAUAAAGAACUCCUCAUCUACCAACUUGUGUCUUCACAAACUGCUCAAGAGACUAGGACCCCAAAAUAAAUCAGAACCACAACUAGAAGGUGUAUUGUAAAUUGUCAUGUCUGUGGCAGCUGUGCCUCUGUUUCUGAUCGAGGUGGAGUAAAAGCUUUUUAACGUCUUUUCAUGAAUUAUAGUGAGUAUACUGUGUGAUCAGAAGGCAGGGACUGAAAGCUGUUUAACUGUCAUCCUUACUUUUUUUCCCCAGUAGUGUCUUGAUUUAUAAUUAUCUUAAUAAUUUUCUACUCAGAGAAUGAAUAUGCCUUUUCUCCCACAAUAAUACCUCAGUUGUGUUUGGUUUUGUUUGUUUUACUAUGUUUUGAAUAUGCAAGUUGAAUAAAUUUGCCACUAAAUAUUG